GUCCGGUCCUCCUCCCUCUCGGCCUACGAAUCCUGGAUUGGCUCGCAGCUGGGCAGGAAGGCGUGUUUGCUGGUGGAAAGCCGCGCGAUGCCCCGUACCGUUCCUGCCCUCUCAGAGAUGUGGGCUCCUUUCUCCUCCUAGUCCUCAAAGACCCCUCCUGCUCUGAUGCCGCAUCGCUCCUCAUCGCUCUUUUCCUCACUCUCUCCCCCCCUCCCCUCAUUCUUUCCCCUCACGCUCGUCUCCCUCUCUCUCACCCACGCCCUUCCCUCGCUGUUAUAUUUACUUGGCGAUAUGAAAUAGGGAGUUGUGAGAUCCUUGCCGGCUCAGUGCGCACUUCAGGCUCCCGCGCUCGCUCUCCCAGCUCAAGGAGGCGAGGGGGGCUGGUCCCCCCCCAAAAACAACCUCAGGCAUUGAAGACGAAGGGACAUCAUGGCUGUGCAGCUCAUGCCCGACUCGGCCGUCUGCCUCCUCACGAUGACAGAGGGGCGGCGAUGUCAGGUCCAUCUCCUCGACGACAGGAAGCUCGAACUUCUCGUGCAGCCCAAACUGAUGGCAAAAGAUCUGCUGGACCUGGUGGCCUCUCACUUCAACUUGAAAGAAAAGGAGUAUUUUGGAAUAUCAUACACAGAUGAAACGGGCCAUUUCAGCUGGCUGCAGCUGGACCGACGUGUGCUGGAGCACGAAUUCCCAAAGAAGUCCGGACCGGUGGUGCUGUUCUUCUGCGUCAGGUUUUACAUUGAAAGUAUAUCCUACCUGAAGGAUAAUACUACAAUUGAGCUCUUCUUCCUCAACGCCAAGUCUUGUAUCUAUAAGGAACUUAUUGAGGUUGACAGUGAGGUGGUCUUUGAACUGGCCUCCCACAUACUCCAGGAAGCGAAAGGUGACUUUGUCAGUAAUGAAUCCACUCGAGCUGACUUGAAGAAGCUGCCAGCUUUACCUACCCAAGCACUUAAGGAGCAUCCUUCUCUGGCCUACUGUGAAGACCGGGUAAUAGAGCACUACAAGAAGUUGAGUGGUCAAUCCAGGGGCCAGGCCAUAGUUAAUUAUAUGAGCAUUGUGGAAUCGCUCCCCACAUAUGGAGUCCAUUACUACGCUGUGAAGGACAAGCAGGGCAUCCCUUGGUGGUUGGGCCUAAGCUACAAAGGCAUCUUUCAGUACGACUACCAGGACAAAGUGAAGCCAAGAAAGGUCUUUCAAUGGAGGCAGCUGGAGAACCUCUACUUCAGGGAGAAGAAGUUUUCUGUGGAAGUCCAUGACCCCCGCAGCAGGGCGUCGGUGACCCGUAGGACAUUUGGUCACAGUGGCAUCGCUGUGCACACCUGGUACGCCUGCCCUGCCCUGAUCAAGUCCAUCUGGGCUAUGGCCAUCAGCCAGCACCAGUUCUACUUGGACAGGAAGCAAAGCAAGUCGAAAAUCCACGCAGCCCGAAGCUUGAGUGAGAUCGCCAUCGACCUGACAGAAACUGGGACACUGAAGACCUCUAAGCUGGCCAACAUGGGCAGCAAAGGCAAAAUAAUCAGCGGCAGCAGCGGGAGUCUCCUGUCGUCAGGCUCCCAGGAGUCGGACAGUUCACAGACGGCCAAAAAGGACAUGUUGGCAGCCCUCAAGGCCAGACAGGAAGCCCUAGAGGAGACACUGCGGCAGCGGCUGGAGGAACUCAAGAGCAUCUGCAUACGUGAAGCGGAGCUGACCGGGAAAUUGCCCAAAGAGUACCCCCUGGAUCCAGGAGAGGAGCCACCUAUAGUUCGCCGCAAAAUUGGCACCGCUUUCAAGCUGGACGAACAGAAGAUACUGCCCAAGGGAGAGGAGGAGGAGUUGGAGCGGCUGGAGCGGGAAUUCGCCAUCCAGUCCCAGAUCACAGAGGCUGCGCGGCGGCUGGCAGGUGAUCCUCAUGUUAGCAGCAAGAAACUGAGGAAGCAGAGGAAGGCCUCAUACCUAAACUCCCUGAAGAAGCUUCAGGACAUUGAAAAUGCCAUCAAUGAGUACCGUGUCCGGUCUGGCAAGAAACCCACACAGAGAGCUUCGCUCAUUAUUGAGGAGGCCAAUAUCGGGUCUGAGGACAGUUCCCUUUCAGAUGCCAUGGUUCUCGAUGAUGAUGACCCCCAGGGGACGGGUACCUUCUCCCCGGCAGCAUCCCCACACAAGGGCCUGCCACCCAGGCCACCAUCCCACAGUAGGCCCCCUCCCCCACAAUCCCUGGAGGGUCUCCGUCACCUGCACUACCAGCGCAGUGACUAUGACAAAUCCCCCAUCAAGCCCAAGAUGUGGAGCGAGUCCUCGCUGGACGAGCCAUAUGAGCGCACCAAGAAGCGCUCCGCGCACAGCCAUUCUAGCAGCCACCGGCGCUUCCCGAGCUCAAGCAGCUGCGCGGAGGCUGGCGGGAGCAGCUCGCUGCAAAACAGCCCUAUCCGGGGCCCAACGCACUGGAGCUCACAGUCCAGCAUGCCCUCCACACCUGACCUACGGACUCGCGCACCCCACUACGUUCACUCCACCAGGUCCGUGGAUAUAAGUCCCACACGGCUGCACAGCUUGGCCCAGCACUUCAGGGACCGCAGCGCGAGCCUGGAGUCCCAGGGGAAGCUGCUGGGCUCCGAACCCGAAACGGGCAGCCCGGACUUCUGCACGCCGGGCACGCGCAGCAGCAACGGCUCGGACCCGCUGGAUGACUGCUCCUCCUGCACCAGCCACUCCAGCUCGGAGCACUACUACCCCGCCGCGGGCAGCGCUAACUAUUCGACGCUGGGUGAGGACUCACCCUCCAAGGCGCGGCAGCGCCAACGGCAGCGCCACAAAUCUGCAGGCAACUUGGGGUCCUCCAGCUCUGGAAGCAUGCCCAACCUGGCGGCCAGGAACGGUGGGGGCGGUGGCCACCGCGGUGUCUACAUGCACAGCCAGAGCCAGCCAUCCUCACAGUACCGCAUUAAGGAAUAUCCUCUGUACGUGGAGGGCAGUGCCACACCAGUAGUGGUGCGCAGCCUGGAGAGCGACCAGGAGGGGCACUACAGUGUCAAGGCCCAGUUCAAGACUUCCAGUUCCUACACAGCAGGCGGCCUUUACAAAGAAACCUGGCAUAGCGGGGACGAGGCUGGUGAGGGAGGCAGCCGCCUGCCUCCAUCACGCUCGCAGAUUGUAAGGACUCCCUCCGUGGGGCGCGAGGGAGGGAGCGGGGUCACGACCCGGACUGCUGUGUCGGAGGAGCUGCGCUGCUGGUACCAGCGCUCAUCGGGCUCUCUGAAGGAGCACGGCCGGCCCUCGCACGCCGUUGAGUUCAGCACCCCACAGGGCUCGCCAGCACGCACUCGUGGCACCACCCGCACGGGGACGCUUUCCCGGGGAUCCGUAGCAGCCUCACCGCACAGCCAGAGGAGUGUGACCCCGUCCAGUGAACCGGCCGCCACUCCUCCCAGCAGUCCGCAGCACAUCCUCAGCUGGCAGAGCGGUUCAUUUAACGACAGCUGUUUCUUGGACAGUUCUCUCUGCUCUGAGCUCGUGGAUGUCCAGUGGUAUGGUCGAGAGAAAGCCAAGCCCGGGACCCUGGUCUGAAGUCGUGUCGUUGACCCCCUCCCCUCUGAGUGUUCUCUAGGCUGGCCAAUGUGCCCGUGGGUUGGAUCUAGCCACCUUGCUCAGACAAACCAUCCACUGGACGCACUUUCCACCCACGAUACCUAAGGGGGUAAUGAGCAUGUCCCCACCCAGCUGGGGUCCUGCCCGCGAUCCCACCAGGCCAAGGACCACACUGCACUGGACCUCAAGCUGAGAUCCCAGGUCCAGCCAGAGCCUGGGUCACUCCAGCCUCCUGCACACCCACAGCAGCUGCUGUGAGCACAACUAGGAGUCCCAUGGCCUCUGUUGGAACCGCAAACACAAAGGCACCCGUCCAACCUCAACAUCACGCACCUUCUCCCACCAGCCCUCAUAUUACCAUGCUGAAGAACCAACCCCUGCUCUGCAACACUCCCAUCACUAUGAACGUUUUCCCUGUCUUAUAACGGAACAAUACACAUGAUGCUCCUGGAGAACAUAAAGAAAUAUGUACACUAUCCCACAUGCUAUUGAUUUGUGUUCCAGAAACUGUAUAAUUUUGAUUUCCCUUGUCAAUUCUUUUUUUUUUUUAAAAAAUGUAUCCUCUGGAAUUCUCGCAGCCUAAUUUUGAGAACAAUCCCCUGCACCCCUCCCCAUUAGCUGUUAAAUGCAGGUGUCCCCUGUCCACAGUAGCCUGGAUCAGCUGUAUCUCAUCCCAGUCCCUCUGCAACCAAAGAUGCAGCAUGGGGUGUCCAGGGCUUCCAGAGGUUCUGCCUAUCCCUGUCAUUCCGCUAGAGGAAUACCAGUAUUCAUACAACACAGUGUCUUGUAUAGUACCCUUGUGUCUCUCUGGACUCUGGUCUUUUACCCCGGUGUCCAUAUCUCAUGUCUUGGUCUGAGUGUACCUUUGUCAGCACACAUCUGUUGCUGUGAUACUAGACACACCGUAAAUUCAUGUUCCCUCUUUAUAUAUUCAGAAACAAACAAAAGUGUUUCAUGGGAUUCGAGGUAUCACGGUAUCGCCUUAUCCGGUCAUAUGAUACCAUGUUAUAGGACCAUAUCAGACUAGUCGUGGGAAAAUGCAUGAUUUUGGUAGGCCUGAUAUGGUCAAACCUCAGAUCUCUCCGCAGUUCUGUUUUAUCCCAUUGUGGCCCGCAGCAGCCUGGUGAGCAAAGGUCCACGGCUCAGACUUUGAGCAGUGUUUAAAGUACCUCUCACACUGACGGUAGGAUCACACUGGUGCUACUCCACCUCGGUGCUCCCACACUUGUACUGUAACCGCGCUGGGACAUGACAACCAUUCAACAGCCUACAGAAGUAAAAUCAUGAUAGUCCCUCAUCAAUUUGUCACCUUUGGGGUUGCUGUGAUUUCUAAUUGAAGUUAUGCCUUACUGAACAAAACAGGUUUUUAUAACCAACUCUUGGUAGAAGUGUUAUUUUAAAGAUCAUGCCAUAGAGUAGAGUAAUUCAGAAAAUCAAAAAUGGGCUUUGGCAGUUCCGUUCACAUUUAUAGUACACCCGUCAGUAACCGGCUGGCAAAAUACAAGUUUUGUUUUGUUAGGAAAACAUAGACAAAGGACUCACUGUAUUUCACGGUGUAUCACCAUUUAAAAAUUUAUAGCCAUAAUAAGUUUUUAAAACAACUGUUGAAUUAAUUGUAACUGGUUUUUACAGUGUUUCAUUUAGUUAUGUUGGGCUGCUUCAUUUGAAUUGAACACCACAUCCCCUAUGAAUGGACCUCAGUCAUUGUUGGGAUAAACUGUGAUUGAGAAAAAAACUUUAAAUUACAUAUUUGCAUUCAUGCCUGUGAAGUACUGUGGAAAUUCGGGUGAAUUCACUCUACCUGUGCUGUCACGCUGUCAUCAGUCUACUCUGGGUGAUGUAAUGGGACCGUUUCACACACAAAAUUGGUUUACAGUGUAUGGCUACAGACAGCAAGGUACCCUACAUGGCUGCUGGGUUUGCACUUCUAUACUGUUAGGAUAGGACCAGGGAGGGUUCGAAGAAAAUGUAUUGAAGCCAUACUUUGUACCGAAAAAAGCAGGGUUCCAUGUCUUUAUAGCUCUCCAAGUGUGCCCUCAAACCUUGACAGUCUCAGCAGACCUAGGGAGAAGAAAUAUUCACAUUAAACACAAGAAUAUACCUGAUAUGGUAAAGCACAUUAUUGGCCAAGGUUGUGUUCUUGCAUAAGUGAGCAGCCACUCUUAUAUAUGCUGCACCUUCAAGGCUCCAGGAUGUUCAGUUGUCGUCGUCACCUGUUGGCUGUGUCCCAAACACUGGCUGAGUGGUUCUCAUCGUCCAUCAUCAGACUCAAUAAUAUGGGAACGUUGAAGCUCUGAAGGUUAUCCUAGAAAGGAUGCGUGUUGUUGACAAGUGCACACCACUGGCCUCACGAUCCAUGGAGUACUUCACAAAGGACAACGUGUUUCCAUAACGGACAAAUCAAAGCCAGGAUUACAAGCCAGUGGCGUUUAGUGGCGGGAGAACUUUGGUAACGUCAUCUUUCAACCCACUCGUGGUGGCAGCGAGAGGAUCGUUUGGAAAUGUGUCAUUCCACCCAGUUAAUAUCACAUUUAAAAACCAAUAGCAGUCCAGUGUUUCAAAGUUGGGUGUAUGCAGACUGCUUGGAAAGCCAGUGAACGGUGUGGUAAAGGACAGUUUUAUGAAAAAUAAAUGUGCCCCCCUUGAGUUAUCCAGCAUGUUUAAAAGAAAAAAAAAAGGCAGAUGCUGGAAUUAAAAAAAAAAAGAGGUAUGAGUGUCUCCUGUUAAAUGUCCUGCGUAGGAUGUAUUCCUCCACCCUGACUAUACCCGACCCUCAACUUGUGGUAAUCUCUGAUCCCGGAACCAAUGUGAGCGAUACCUUUUCACCGUCACACCAUCACAGUUUUUAAUUCAAAUAGAGGAAUAAGCCGUUUUUUAUAGCCAAAUGAACAAUAAAUAAUAUAGCACAUUACUCGGAAUUUACAGAUAUGGAGGGUAGCUUUUUUAAAAAGAACAUUGACCAUUGUUUUAAUAAUAUUCAGAUUUUUAUUUUUUCAUAAAAUCAGUAUUAGACUUUAGUUUGGAUAUUGUAACCACCCUUGCAGGUGCUACAAAGAUCACCAGUUUCUGCUUUGUUAACUAGGUGUAGGAUUUUACUUCUUGUCGUCAAUAGUUGUGCAAAAAUGAAGGACUAAAAGCAUACAGCUCACCUCCAUCUGUCCAUAGAGCAUGUAACAUGAUUUUACCGGGUUCUGUUCAAACGUAACAAGACAUUAAAAAUGUAUGUUGUAGGGGGAAAAAACUAAUGUGGAAUUGUAAGAAAAAAAUGAAUAGAUUCCACUGUUAAUUUAUUCUUUUUUCUAUUAAGAAUUUGUAUAGUAACUAUACAUUUUUCAAAACCGUGUUGUUGGCAACUGAUAAUGAAUUUUCCAGAUGAGAAA